UUUCUAUCUUUAGAUCUCACUGGCUACUGCUAACCGUCGAUUUUUCUAGGGAGAGAAAAACGGAAACCAAACAAGUAAACUAACGAUUCUUCUUCUAUUUUUGGAUAGAGAGAGAGAAAAUGGAGAACGCCACCGAUGAGCUCAAGAAUACCAAAUCCAUGUCCUCUAAUCCUGAAAACCCUAAUCCACCUCAGCGCCACACCAAAACCAGAGAAGAAGGCGAGCUCUCUUCUUCAACAGAAGGCGACGAAAAUCCUGUUUGUUCUGCUACACAGUCUGCUGGUUCAGUUAACCCGCCUGCACCUGCAGGGUCCAUUCCUAUUCCUUCAUUGAACAAAUUCACUGAAGGCAUUCAGGCUAGGAAGGCUACUUCUGGCACAAAUCCUGCAAAUUCUGUUGAUGUUCUGCCCCAUACAUCCAUACAACCAAAUAAAGAUAAGAGCUUUGAGAAGAGUCGGGUGCCAUUUAAAUCGGUUAAUCCUGGAUGGCAUGGGCCUCAGGGUGCCAAUACUAACCUAGUGAUAAGCUUCUCAGAUGAUGACACAGGAAGUGAAUCAGAAGAUCACAUGGCAGAAAAGGCUUUAGAAAUUAAACAGAACACGGCUGGGGUGGAUGGUACUCGAAGGCUGCCUUCUCUUUCAUCUGAAAAAUCAAGUAAAUUACAAAAGACUGCCAGAAAUGUAAACAAAGUAAUGCCCAAGAAAUUAUCUCUUAGUCGCACAUUUAUCUCAUCAACUGCAAAGAUUAAUGGUGGAGCACAUUCCAGAAGUGCUGGGCCUUCAUCAAUUGAUCAAGGAUCUCUAGUUAGAAAUUUUAAUACUAUGAACAGAAAAUUUACAAGCCCAGAGCAUAGUUUUGAUCAAGGUUUGGGUUUGAACAACACCAAACUUCGGGACUUGAGGCAGCAGAUUGCACUUCGAGAAAGAGAACUGAAGCUUAAGGCUAUCCAUCAGAAUAAAGAAUCUGCUUCAGUUUCAGGCAGGGAUUACACAGUUGUGAACCUAGGUGCUGAUACAGUCAGGAAAUCUAAUGCAAUCUUGGUUGAUGUUAGACAGCGAGAGCCAAAAGAGUCAGAUAGGAAACGCUUAAAAGUCAGUGGAUCUUAUUCUACCCAGUUAGCAUCAGACAGGAGACAAGAAAUAACUGCGGUAAAAUCCAUUAUACCAUUGAAAGAGCAUGCAUUAUUGAACAGUGCUUUGCCGGACAGGAAUAUGGUUGAUCAUAGCCAAAAAGAAAGUCCCUCAAGAAGGGCGGAGUCAAGUGAUGUUAAAUGGCAAAAACAAGAUGAUAAGCGGGUGGAUAUUUCAUCAGAGAAUAUACCUAGUGAGUUGAAAGAAGGGGUUAACAUCAAUAGUAAUUGUGCUCAGACUGACAGGAGCAUUAUGCAGGUUGAUCCCUGUGCCUUGUUGGACCAAACAGCAACUGUAACAAAUGUGAACUCAAUUGCAUUGCCAAAGAAGACGAACAGUAUUGAGUUGAAUCAUCCGGUUAAUAUUGGUGGACAUUGGCCACCACUUUCUCUCUUAAAGACAUCGACUAGUGAACAGCAUCUAAUGAAUGGUUGUGAGUAUCGUGAAGGUGUAUCCAAUGACAGGACGGUUCAAUCAUCAUUGAACAAUAUUUCUCAGGCAUCUUUGAACGAUAUAGGCCUUUGGAAUUAUUUAGGUGCUCCAAAUGUCUCGGAACAUAGCAACAUAGAUAUGCAUUCAUUGGUUGAAAUGGAGGAAUCACUGGACAAGGAGCUGGAAGAAGCACAAGAGCAUAGGCGCAUAUGUGAAAUUGAAGAAAGAAAUGCUCUUAAAGCUUAUCGAAAAGCCCAAAGGGCUUUGGUUGAGGCUAAUGCUAGAUGUACUGAACUUUAUCAUAAAAGGGAACUUUACUCGGCUCAAUUUCGAUCUUUCAUUUUGAAUGAUUCCAGUUUGUUAUGGUCCACAAGGAAGCCUGAGCAUGUUGGAAUUGGGUUGAACCAUAUGGAUAACACGUCUAGAAAUCUAGAACUAAUGCCACCAUCAAGCCAUUCUAGGAGGCCUGAGUAUGAUGGUCAUAACCAACCAGGUUAUGAUUCAAACAUCCAAUGCGCCAAUGGUGGCCCCUUGAAGAUGUCCUAUAGGCAUGUCAAUGGGCAAAAUAUGGGGUCUGAACCAUGCAGUGAACCAGAUGCAAGUACAUCAGAGCCAUUGCAUCUUAACAGGGAAAAUGCUGCAAAUGCAGUAAGCUCUCCAUCAAAUGAUCCUGAUAUUUCAGCAGAUGAAGAUGAGGAGACAUCUCCAUUAGGUCAAGCAACUGUGCAACCCACUUCCACUGAGCAAAGAGAACAAAAUUCCGUGGGAAGGCAAAAGAACACUAAUCAUUCUAACAAAAAUUUGUCCAUUGGUGGCUCUCAGGAUUCUUUAAUUCUUGAGGCAACAUUAAGGUCUGAACUAUUUGCGCGGCUAGGAAGGAGAAUUUUCCCAAAGAAUAGUGGUUUAUCGAACCCUGAGUCUGCAGAUGAGCUGGGGGCUGAAAAUGACAAUGGAAGUGAAAGAACUCAGACAAGCAAUGGCAGUGUUCCAUUAUUAGAGGCAGAAAGAAAUCAGGAAUUUGAUCUUGGAGGUAAUGAUCAGCGUGAGAGAGAUGUUUUUGGGUCUACUGUUCAAAUCCAGAAGCACAAAAAGAAGCGUAAUGAAUAUUCUGUUAGAGGUCAUCAGUUGGCAGCCGUCUUAUUUUCACCUACUUUGAUUUUAAGGAGUGCAUUUUAUCAUAUGAAAGUUGAGUCUCCAUUUAAUUCAUUAGUUUUACAAAGUAGGAAAAAUCAACAAGGUGACACCUAUGAUGUUUACAAUGGGGCUGGUGGUUGCAUCAAUGCUGGGGAUAUCCAGCAAAGCAUUCUCAUAGCAAAACCAGUGGAGGAUAGUUUUGGGAAUAUAUUUGAAAAUGGAAUUGGAUCUUUUACCUGUGAUCUUGCAGUUGAUCCAUUUUGGCCACUCUGCAUGUAUGACCUCCGUGGUAAAUGCAAUAAUGAUCAAUGUCCUUGGCAGCAUGUUAGGGACUUCUCCAAUGAGAACGCGGGCCAACAUCAGCAUGAUGGUUCUGAUAGUGCUGACUGUCAGGUUGGAUUGACAUUACAGAAAAGAAAACGUAAUGGUGCCGCAGGACUUGCCAAGUGUCUUAGUUUUUUGACUCCACCAACUUAUCUAGUUGGCUUAGAUGUUUUGAAAGCUGAUCCGCAUUCAUACGAGUCUGUUGUUGCACGGAGACAUGGACAAUGCUGGAAGAAAUGCUUCAGUAUCUGCUUAGCAUUAUCAAAUUUAUUUCAAAUAGACUUGCCUGCUGAUGAGCCCUUUUUGCAUAGCAAUGAUGGUCGUAUUGAGGUCAAUGGGAGUUGGGACAAGCCAUCAUCAUACUUUCGGAGUAGAAACAGCAUAGUGAACCAUCUGAACCAAAUGCUACCCGGUGAUGUGCAAUCCCUUGAGAAGGCCCUCCUUAUUCUCAAUCAGGAGGUUAAUAAACUAGAGGGUAUGAAAAAGGCUCUUUCUAUACUUUCACGAGCUAUUGAGGCUGAUCCAAAAUCUGAAAUUCUGUGGAUAACUUACCUGCUUAUUUAUUACGGCAACAUCAAAUCCAUUGCGAAGGAGGACAUGUUCUCCUAUGCGGUCAAACACAAUGACAGGUCCUAUGGACUUUGGCUUAUGUAUAUCAACAGUCGUAUGCAUCUUGUUGAUCGGUUAUCUGCAUAUGAUGCUGCCCUCACAGCACUCUGCCACCACGCAUCUGCUCGUGAAAGCGAUGAAAUGUAUGCUAGCGCAUGCAUCUUAGACAUUUUUUUGCAGAUGAUGGAUUGUUUGUGCAUGUCUGGGAAUGUUGAGAAGGCAAUUCAGAAAAUCUGUGGAUUCUUUCCUGUGGCUUCUAAUUCAGAUCAGCAACCUCAUUCUUUGUUGCUUUCUGAUAUCCUUGCAUGCUUAAAAAUUUCUGACAAAUAUAUGUUCUGGGUUUGUUGUGUGUACUUAGUUAUUUACAGGACAUUGCCUGAGGCUGUUGUACAAAAAUUUGAAUGUGACAAAGAACUCCUUGCAAUUGAAUGGCCUUGUACUCACUUGCUGGAUGAGGAGAAGCUGAGGGCCAUUAAACUGGUAGAAAUGGCAGUGGAUUCUGUUAAAUUAUCUGUUGAUACUGGAUCACUUGCAAGCGAGGCUGAUCUUACAUCAGCGCAACAUUUUGGUCUCUGCCAUAUUAGAUGUAUGGUGGCACUUGGUGGCUUAGAAUGCUGUGGGAGUUUGUUGGAUGAAUAUACGAAGUUGUACCCAUUCUGCUUAGAAUUAGUUCUUAUAUCAGCAAGGUUACAGAUGAAUGACUUCGAGAAUUUUGAGGGUUUUGAGGAAGCCAUUAGGAGCUGGCCAAAGGAAACGCCUGGAAUUCAUUGCAUCUGGAAUCAAUAUAUUGAAUGUGCCCUCCGAAAGGGAGAUGUUGGAUUUGUGAAAGAGCUUAUUGUCCGUUGCUUCAACUCCUCUUCAGAAGUUCAAUAUCAUCAACAAGAAAAGCUGGAUGUUACACAUACAAAUAGCUCAGAUCAGUUAUCAAGAUUAGCCUCAGCAUCCAAUCCAGAGUUUUUGACAUCCAAUUCUAACCGGAUGGAUAUGACAUUUGGAUAUCUUAAUUACUCUCUUGCUAAAUUGUUGCAUAAUGAUCAUAUUGAGGCCCGCAAUGCCAUUGAUAAAGCAUUCAAGGCUGCAGCUCCACCAAUCUUCAAGCAUUGCUUGAGAGAACAUGCCAACUUCUUGCUUAACUAUGAGUUACAGCUAAAGGAGGAUGCUUUUAUUAGUGAGCAACUGAAUGUAUUGAAUGGUUAUUUGGAUGAUGCCCGGGCUCUUCCUGUGUCUGAGCCGUUAUCAAGACGAUUCAUAAAUAAAAUUGAGAAGCCAAGAGUUCGGCAGCUAAUUAGUAACUUGUUGAGUCCAGUUUCAUGUGAUUUUUCUCUAGUUAACAUAGUUCUUGAAGUUUGGCAUGGGCCCUCUCUUGUACCCCAAAAAUUUAGCCAGCCACAGGAACUGGUUGAUUUUGUGGAAGCCAUCUUGGAGAUUGUGCCAUCUAACUAUCAAUUAGCAUUUUCUGCUUGUAAGCUGUUGAGCAGAGGUGAGCAUUUUAGUGAAGUAUCUUCUGGCAGUAUGUUGUAUUGGGCAAGCUCAACCUUGGUCAGUGCAAUCUUUCAUGCUAUCCCAAUAGCACCAGAGUAUGUAUGGGUUAAUGCUGCAGGUAUUUUGGAAGGAAUUGAGGGUACUGAGUUAAUUUCUGAGAGAUUUUACAGGAGAGCUUUAUCCGCUUAUCCAUUGUCCAUUAAGCUGUGGAAUUGCUAUUAUAACUUAUCCAAGAUUAGAGGAGAUGCUAAUUCCAUCGUAGAAGCUGCAAGAGAAAAAGGCAUUGAACUUGGUUGAUAUUUUCUGAAAGAUAAAGAGUCAGUUUGGUAGAAUCACCUUUUGCCCAAAAUAUAGGGAAGGCCUCAAUCUGAAUGGAUGAUGCAUUGGAUUUGUUAAAUCCUUGGCAAGUUAGAUAUUGAGCACACAAUUGAACAUUAAGAUUUUUUGAGAUUGAAACUAGGUACCACAGAAAUUCACAGGAUAGGAACAUGAUGGAUCAGGUUUCAGCUUUUGCUAGGUGAAGGGGGUUGCUUAAGGUGAGAUUUUGCCCCUCCUGUACAGCCUCAUCAUUUCUUGACUAUAUUUCUUACAAUACUAGUUACUUGUAAUUACUGGAAUUUUUUAGUAAAUGUUAAUUGUUUUAAUUAAAUGAAUACAAGUUACAUCAAGUUUCUGUUC